UUCAACUUUCCACUACACCACUAACACAAACUCUAAAGCAUAACAAAGCACACCUCACUAAGCAAUCAAUCAACAGAAUGAACAAUAUAAACUAUGCAACCAUGACACACUUUUCCUGGUUUCCAACCUCAACCAAAACAUGUCAGAAAUUGUCCUUGCAGAACCAAUCCAUUUCGAGCAAGGCGAAUCAUCAACAUCUAGACAAAAUCAUCAUGAAUACCAAUACGACGAUUCCAUGGCCAUUACUACAACCACCAAUAGUGUCACCAGUAGCAUCAAUGGCGAUUACGCCGCUCCCUUUGACAGUGAAAGGUUACCAACUGUUUUCUCUUCUGAAAUCCAAAGAUUUCUUCGUGUUGCUAACUUGAUCGAAAAGGAUGAGCCUCGUGUUGCCUAUCUCUGCCGAGUUCACGCGUUUGUAAUUGCGCACAACUUGGACAAGAAUUCAAGUGGAAGAGGUGUAAGACAAUUCAAAACCUCACUUCUUCAUAGACUUGAACAGGAUGAGAAUGCAACGAAAAAGGGUGGAAUAGGCGAUAUUCGUGAACUAAAGCGUGUUUAUCAUGUUUAUAGGGAUUAUUUUACUAGAAAUAACAAAGCAUUUGAUCUAGAACAAAGUUAUAGAGAAAAAUUGAUAAAUGCGAGAAUGAUUGCUUCUGUUCUGUUUGAGGUUCUAAAAGCGGUUACGAUCACACCUAGUAAUCAGGCGCUUACGGAAGGAAAUGCAAUUCACAAAAAAACCGAGUUUAACAUUCUUCCACUUGAACAAGGAGGAAUCCAACAUGCAAUCAUGCAGCAGCCUGAGAUUAAGGCUGCCAUUGCAGUGAUUCGCAACGUUCGAGGUUUACCACCAGCCCAAGAUUUCAAGAAACAUGGAUCCUUUGUAGAUUUGUUUGAUUUUCUUCAGCAUUGUUUUGGUUUCCAGGAAGCCAAUGUGGCAAACCAAAGGGAACAUUUGAUUCUACUCUUAGCGAACAUGCAGACUAGGCAAACUCACAACCAAACGUCUGCGUUGAAGUUAGGAGAGGGAGGUGUGGACGAAUUGAUGAGAAAGUUCUUCAAAAAUUAUACUACCUGGUGCAAGUUUUUGGAGAGAAAAAGCAAUAUUCGGUUACCUUACGUAAAACAGGAAGCGCAACAAUAUAAAAUUUUAUACAUUGGUCUUUACCUGCUCAUAUGGGGGGAGGCAGCUAAUUUGAGGUUCAUGCCGGAAUGUCUUUGCUAUAUCUUUCACCAUAUGUCAUAUGAACUGCAUGGAGUUUUAAGUGGUGAUAUCAGCUUUUCGACAUGGGAAAAGGUCAUGCCAGCAUAUGGAGGAGAACCGGAAUCUUUCCUUAAUAAUGUUGUCACGCCUAUAUACAAAGUUAUCGAAAAGGAAGUUCACAAUAGCAAAGGUGGAACGACUGACCAUUCCGCAUGGAGAAACUAUGAUGAUCUGAAUGAAUACUUCUGGUCUCCUGAUUGUUUUGGAAUUGGUUGGCCAAUGCGUGAAGAGGACCAUGAUUUUUUCUUUGUAAGAACCAAAGAUAUUGUUGUAUCACCUGUUCAAAAGAAAGAAAAGAAGAAGAGUAAGAAGGAAGAAAAGAAGGCCGAAGAAGAUGUGCAGGAAACCGUGGAUGAAAAUCAGGAAAAGAGAGAACGACAUUGGCUAGGAAAAACAAAUUUUGUAGAGAUUCGUUCAUUUUGGCAAAUUUAUAGAAGCUUCGAUAGAAUGUGGAAUUUUUAUAUUAUAUCCCUUCAGGCCAUAAUAAUCAUUGCUUGCCAUGACUUGGGAUCUCCACUUCAGUUGUUUGAUGCGGCAGUAUUCGAGGACAUCAUCAGCAUCUUUAUCACUUCAGCAAUUCUUAAACUUAUUCAAGCGAUAUCAGACAUUGCCUUUACAUGGAAAACCAGAUACACGAUGGAACAUUCGCAAAAGGUGAAACAUGUGGUGAAGCUGGGAUUUGCUAUUAUAUGGAACAUCGUUCUUCCUGUGUGCUAUGCGAAUUCAAGACGAAAAUAUACUUGUUAUUCCACCAAGUAUGGAAGCUUGGUUGAGGAAUGGUGCUUUACUUCCUAUAUGGUUGCCUCUGCGAUAUACUUGACUAGUAACGCAGCUGAAAUUGUGUUAUUUUUUGUGCCUGCUAUGGGAAAAUAUAUCGAGGUUUCUAAUAACAAGAUAUGCAAAGUUUUGGCUUGGUGGAUUCAGCCAAGAAUCUAUGUCGGACGAGGGAUGCAAGAAGACCAAGUUUCUGUUCUUAAGUACACGGUGUUUUGGAUAUCGGUGUUAUCGUGUAAAUUUUUGUUCAGCUACAGUUUUGAGAUAAAACCACUCAUAGAACCAACUCGACAGAUCAUGAAAAUUGGUGUAAGAAAGUAUGAAUGGCAUGAACUUUUUCCAAGAGUAAAAAAUAAUGCUGGUGCAAUUGUAGCUGUAUGGAGCCCUGUCGUAAUGAUAUAUUUUAUGGACACGCAAAUUUGGUAUUCGGUUUUUUGUACAAUAGUCGGUGGAGUUUAUGGAGUUUUGCAUCACCUUGGCGAGAUUAGGACACAAGGAAUGCUUAGAAGUAGAUUUGACAACUUACCAGCCGCAUUCGAUGUCUGUCUGAAUCCACCAUCUUCCAAACGCGGUAAAAAGAGAAGAAAAGGUUUCCUCAGCAAUAUAUUUCAAAAGCUUCCUGACGAAAAAAACGCUAUUGCCAAAUUUGUCGUAAUAUGGAAUCAGAUUAUAAGCCAUCUUCGUCUCGAAGACUUAAUCAGUAACCGAGAGAUGGAUUUAAUGGUGAUGCCUGUGUCUUCGGAAUUGUUUUCUCGCAAGGUUCUUUGGCCUAUUUUUCUCUUGGCAAACAAGUUUUCUACAGCUUUGACCAUUGCUAAGGAUUUUGAGGGAAAGGAAGAAAUUCUUGCCAAAAGAAUUACAAAAGACAAAUACAUGUUUUAUGCUGUAAGAGAAUGCUACCAGUCACUGAAAUAUGUUCUUGACAUUCUUAUUGUCGGCAGCCAGGAGAAACGGAUUAUACGCGAUAUACUAAGCGAAAUUGAAAAAAGUAUUGAAGAAACAACACUUCUUAAGAACUUCAAAAUGAAAGUUCUUCCAGCUCUACAUGAGAAGGUCAUUGAGUUAGCCGAACUUCUGAUUGAGGGAGAUAAAGACAAUCGGCACAAAGUAUCGAAGGCUUUACUCGAUAUGUUUGAACUGGUAACGAAUGAAAUGAUGGACGAUUCAAGAACAUUGGAUACAUCCCACUUUCCCGAAGAAAAUGAGUGCGGCUUCGUCUAUUUUAGAGACGAUGAUCAAUUAUUUUCCCGUGAGGAAAUUAAUAGCGAAUCCUUUCCGUUCUCCAACGAAAGUUGUAUCCAUUUUCCCUUGCCAGAAGGCCCUCUGAUGGAAAAGAUCAAGCGUUUUCAUUUAUUAAUUACUGUCAAAGAGACGGCAAUGGACAUUCCUGCAAACUUAGAUGCUCGUAGGCGCAUAUCAUUCUUCGCUACUUCUCUCUUUACCGAUAUGCCAGACGCUCCAAAAGUGCAUAGUAUGAUGUCAUUUAGUGUUAUAACACCACACUACAUGGAGGACAUCAAUUUUUCGAUGAAGGAGCUUGGUUCGGAAAAAGAAGAUGACUCCAUCAUCUUUUACAUGCAAAAGAUAUAUCCAGAUGAAUGGAAAAACUUUUUGGAACGAAUGUGUUGUGAAAACCGGAACAGUUUAGAAGAUGAAAACAAAUUAGAAGAGCUUAGAUUGUGGGCGUCAUUCAGGGGACAGACACUAGGCAGAACAGUUAGAGGGAUGAUGUACUACAGCGAAGCCUUAAAAUUGCAAGCAUUUCUUGACAUGGCGGAAGAUGAAGAUAUACUUGAAGGUUAUGAGACAGCUGAAAAGGGUAGUAACCGUGCGUUAUUUGCCCGUCUAGAAGCAUUAGCAGACAUGAAAUACACCUAUGUCAUUUCCUGUCAAUCCUUUGCGUUACAAAAGGCGAUGAAUGAUCCUCGUUAUAAAGAUACAAUUGACUUAAUGAUAAGAUAUCCGUCUCUUCGUGUUUCUUAUGUUGAGGAAAAGGAGGAGAUUGUGCAGGGUAAACCUCAUAAAGUAUAUUAUUCUAAACUGGUUAAAGUUGUCAAUGGUUUCGAGCAGACAAUAUAUCAAAUAAAACUUCCAGGCCCACCACAGCUUGGAGAAGGGAAGCCGGAAAAUCAAAACAAUGCGAUAAUAUUCACUCGCGGCGAAGCCCUCCAAACAAUCGACAUGAACCAAGAUAACUACUUGGAAGAAGCGUUAAAAAUGAGAAACCUUCUGCAAGAAUUUCUUAAGCGCCAGGGACGGCGGCCUCCUACAAUACUUGGUUUAAGGGAACAUAUUUUCACAGGAAGUGUGUCUUCUCUGGCAUGGUUCAUGUCAUAUCAGGAGACCAGCUUUGUCACAAUUGGUCAAAGGCUUCUGGCUAAUCCUCUCAGGGUGCGGUUUCACUAUGGCCAUCCAGAUGUAUUCGACCGAGUUUUUCACAUUACAAGAGGAGGAAUAAGCAAAGCAUCUAAAACAAUUAAUUUGAGCGAAGACGUUUUUGCUGGAUUUAAUUGUACUCUAAGAAGGGGAUGUAUUUCCUACCAUGAAUACUUGCAAAUUGGCAAAGGCCGCGAUGUAAGUCUAAACUCGAUCUCAAAAUUUGAAGCCAAGGUUGCAAAUGGAAACAGUGAGCAAACUAUAAGCCGUGACAUUUUUCGCCUAGGACGACAGUUCGAUUUUUUCCGCAUGUUAUCUUGUUACUUCACUACAAUUGGAUUUUACUUCAGCAGCUUGAUAUCGGUACUAGGAAUAUAUGUAUUUCUCUAUGGACAGUUAUACCUGGUGCUUAGUGGCUUAGAAAGAGCACUUGUCAUUGAAGCAAGAAUCAGGAAUGUACAGUCCUUAGAAACAGCUCUUGCAUCUCAAUCAUUUAUACAACUUGGACUUCUAACCGGCUUACCGAUGAUGAUGGAGAUCGGUCUUGAGAGAGGUUUCCUCACAGCCCUUAAAGAUUUUGUCCUCAUGCAGUUGCAGCUAGCUGCCGUUUUCUUCACGUUCUCCCUAGGAACAAAAACGCAUUACUACGGCAGAACAAUUUUACACGGAGGCGCAAAGUACAGACCGACCGGACGCAAAGUUGUUUUCCACGCUAGCUUCACCGAAAACUAUAGAUUAUAUUCAAGAAGUCACUUUGUUAAAGCGUUCGAGCUAAUGCUGCUUUUGAUUGUAUAUAACAUGUUCAGGAAAUCUUAUCAAAGUAGCAUGACAUACGUGUUGAUAACGUACGCGAUUUGGUUCAUGUCUUUGACUUGGUUAUGUGCACCUUUUCUAUUCAACCCUGCCGGAUUCAGCUGGACAAAGGCGGUAGAUGAUUGGAAAGAGUGGAAUAAAUGGAUCAGGCAACAGGGUGGAUUGGGAAUCCAUCAGGAUAAAAGUUGGCAUUCUUGGUGGUACGACGAACAAGCUCAUCUUCGUCGAGCAACUCUCGGUUCCAGGUUUGCCGAGAUAUUGCUUUCGCUCCGUUUCUUCAUCUAUCAGUACGGUUUGGUCUAUCACCUUGACAUCACUCAGCAAAGCAAAAACUUGCUGGUUUACGUCUUUUCAUGGAUCGUGAUUCUUGGAAUUUUCGUCUUGGUGAAGGCUGUCAACAUAGGAAGGAACCAACUUAGCGCUAAUCAUCAACUUGGAUUCAGAUUUUUCAAAGCAAUCCUGUUUGUGGCUGUUAUUGCCGUCACGAUAACUCUUUCAAUCAUAUGUCAACUGUCAGUGUCGGACCUUUUUGUUUGCUGUAUGGCAUUCAUGCCAACUGCAUGGGGACUAAUACAGAUUGCACAAGCUGUAAGGCCGAAAAUCGAGCAUACAGGAUUAUGGGACUUCACGCGCGCACUAGCUAGAGAAUUUGACUAUGGAAUGGGGAUAGUACUUUUUGGACCUAUAGCUAUUUUGGCAUGGCUACCAAUUAUCAAAGCCUUCCAUGCUAGAAUCCUUUUCAAUGAGGCAUUCAAAAGACACCUGCAAAUUCAACCGCUUCUCUCGGCGAAGAAGAAGAAGCAUAGACCUUGAUCUGAUUCUCAUGCAUGAUUCUUGUGUACAGCAAAGAGAAAUAAUAAAAAUAAUAAUAAAUAAUAAUUCUUAUAAUAAAAAUAUAUAUAUAGCUUCAUGAAUUCUCUCAUUCUCUUUCCAUUUUUCUA